AUCGGGUCAACACCUCAAGACGAUGAAGACGUUGUCAGUUGCAUUGACGUGCGGGGUGCUUGCAGUGGCUCUCAACUCGUUGUUCUUAAGCGACAAUUCUUCUCAACCAACAGCUCAGCCAUCUCUAACUACAGGACAGCACGAAUACUUUCGCCCUCAUGAUGACCAGGUCUAUGGACUCCCAGGCAACAAUUCGUCCACCUACUUCCGCAGUCCAUGUCCAGCCCUCAAUACCCUGGCGAACCACGGCCACAUCCCACGAGACGGGAAGAGCCUGACCCCUACUGUUCUAGGUGACGGCAUCGUGAAAGUCUACAACUUCGACAAGAAACUACUCGACGUCAUCUUUCUCGCUCUACCGUCAAAAUUUACACUCGCCGACCUUGGAGACCCCAAUUUCAUUGAUCAUGAUGCGUCGUUAGUUCAUGAUGACUCGUUCUUCCAGGUGGAGCCGUUUAAAGUCAACAAGACUCUGGUGGACGAGCUGUUAUCAAGUGCUGAAGACAUUGGGGGGCAUAGUAAUCGGGUACUUACUAAGAACACGGUGGCUCGCUUCCGUCGCCAUCGAGAGACCGAGUGUGCUCGGACAAACCCCGAGUUUAGUAUGAGUGCGUUGGCCAGCUUCGUGGCCAACGGUGAAGCUUCUUUUGUCUUGCAAGGCUUGGGUGACUACUCUAGUGCGACCAUCUCGGUGGACCACGCACGAUCUUUCUUGGUGGACGAACGGAUCCCUACAGACUUUCGUCCAUCCAAGACACCGAUAACCAUCACAAGUGUGCUUCUAGCUAUUGCAGAGCUCCAAAUUCGAGCUUGACUGGGAUGAGUAUACAUACCGUACAUAGCAAACUGAUCUGGAUUGAGAAUAUC